CGUAAAUUUGCCACCCAACUUGAAAUAUAAGCUCUAAGGUCUCAAGUAUAGUUACAAUGUAUGUCCUCCGUAUGAGUAUAUCCUUUUGGGGAGGCUUAAACGACAAAGGGAAGAUCUUCCACCGAGCGGGUGAUAUUGCUCGGUAGACCGACGGUCGUAGUGUUUGUUUUUUUUUUUUUUUCAAAGAUUCAAGCAUCUGUCAAUUUUUUUUUUUUUAAUUUCUUUGAUGAUGGACGAGCUCACAGCCCACCUGGUGUUAAGUGGUUACUGGAGCCCAUAGACAUCUACAACCUAAAUGCGCCACUCACCUCGAGAUAUAAGUUCUAAGAUCUCAGUAUAGUUACUGUUCGCGCGCGAGCUCCGAGGAUUUUUAAGGAAUGUUGACGUAUUGAGCUAGUGUUGUAAUUAGUCGAUAUUGCGCUAUCGAUACUAACACAUCUCAAGCCUCCGUGCGAGUGUAAAUUAUAAAAUAGUUUUAAAAGGGUAUUAUGUACUUGAAAUAAAUAAAUAAAACAAUUGAUCACGUAUGAAUUUCAUUUAAUGAACUGAUUCUUAUUGAACAAAAUGAACGUGAAAUCUUAUUAAUUACUCUCGCAAGCAGAUUAAUCAGUAGUUGAAGAAUUUUAUGUACUCUCCUCACAUACUUCAAUAAUAAAUGAUUCGACAACAUCCUCCAUUAAGCCAUUCUUUUGCCAGAAAUAUUCCUCUAAUGCUAAGACAUGUUUAUUAUGCUAGUGCUCGCCAUUCCUUUUUCAUCAAAUUAAAUAUAUAUUUGUGCAAACAAAAAGACUUAUAAGUGUAAGACUAUGUAUUGUAUGUAAUUAACACUGCUAUCGCAAAAUUAAAAACAACGUGUCGGUAAACGUACUCUCACGUUAAUGUCAACACUAGUACUGGGAGAGUGCGGGGUAUGAAGCGACGGUCGGGCGCGGUGCACGCCCGCCCGCUUCCUCAGCCCCCGAAUCCUCGGAGCUCGCGCGCGGAGUAUACAUUGCGUUGUAUGAUGAUGGCUACCCACCACAUCCUCUGUAAUGAAGUCGCUGUGUGGCAGCUGGCGGAGGCGGAGCGGAAGCUGUCGGAGCUGGAGCGCAGGGGGGGGCGGCGCUCGACCCUCAUGUCGCGGAUCAACUACUUCGAGAACGCGGGCGGAGACAGGAGGGACGUGCAGAGGGAAACAAGAGAACUUCAAGAAGUCAAAGAAGUGGCCGAAGUUGUAGAGAUGAGACAAGAAGUCGCGGAAGUCACCGAGCCCUCAGGUUCAGCAGUAUCUGCGCGUCCCCCCUCGCCGCCCGCUGUUCCAGAAGUGGCUGAACGUGCCCCCUCGCCGGUCGCGCCCUCCGCUCCCCCCGCCCCGCCGACACAGCUCCCCCCGCCGCCGCCUCCCCCCCCUCCCCCUCCACCGCCCCCGGCAGUGUUCAACGCAGGGCCGACUGAAGACAUGGCCAAAAUGCUGUCAAACAAACAGGGAACUCUGAAGAGAAGCAAGCAGAACAAUGGUGGCGCAAUCGACGCUAUAGUGGACCAAAUCAAAGGAGGGAAAUUCCAAUUAAAGUCAACCGACCAGAACUUCCUCGAGCGAAAACCCAAAGACGACCAGCCAGAAGCUGUCAAGGAAAUGCUGGCCAUCCUCGGAACGCUGAGGAAGAGACGCAACGUGAACCGGCCCUGCUUCGUGGCCGGCGCGGAGAAGCACGGCGACGACAGCCUCACGUAAUGACAGCUGUCAGAUUUGACACACGUCAAUAUAUAGAGCAUAAAUUGUUAGUGGAAAAUAAUGGAACAAAACGGAUGGAUAUGUUGUCAUAUCUGAACUAUAGAUUGUUUAAAACGUAUAUAAUUACGAUAUUUUAUAUUGUUAACGUUUCUUCUGUAAAAUUGAGAGACCACCACUCAAAUAACUUCUGGCUCUCGGUGACAGAUGCGAAACUUGAUAUUGUGCCAAUCUCGCCAAGGAGGGAUUUUGAAACUCGAAUCAUUAAGAAGACUUUUUGACGGGAACUCGAGAAGUGAAACUGUGUGAUUUAUUUUAUUUUGUCAAUUUAGUUUUUCUUCAGGGUUAAAUGAGUAAUAAUGGUGGUUUAUUAACUGCUUAGUAACUAAAAGUGCACAAAUGUGGGAAACUGAACAAAUCCGCUUGACGUAACUUCUCGAGAUCCUCUAAAAGUCCACUAAAAAAGUCACAGUAAAUGACCACCAUUUUACUGAGAUUAUAUUUCAUCCCAUAUCAUCUCAUUUCAUUAAAAAUAUUAGGCUGUAUGGUAUGACACCUUUGCCUUUUCAGUUGGAAAAAGAAAACUACUAGUUACUACUGAUAUACCGUACUUAUCGGAGGAAUUGACAUUUGAUUCGGAAUGCGACUAAGAUCUCAGAGACCCACUCGUCGUAGUCCGUGGUAUAUAUAUUUUUUGUAUAUUAACGACUAUUAGUCGAAGUAUUCCGUAUAUCUGGUAUUUUGUAUGAAUUUUAAAUAAAUUAACUUUACAUUUGGAAAACAAAAUUUUACAAAACCUAGGGUAAACAUUCCGAAUUCAUACAAAAUUAUCUCAGUAAAAAUAGAGAUUGUCUCCCAUGUGUUUUAGAAUCAAACAUUAUUUGAAUAUGUAAACAAACCGAAGUGCCUUAAUAUAAGAGUUUAUAAAUAGGAUUAGUAUAUUUACACCAAGGUAAGAUAAAAUAUAUAUUUAAAAAUAUAUUUGUACAAUAAAUUAAAAGAAUAGAAUGUAAUUUUGUUGUUUAAGUAAUUAAUAAAAUGUAUUCUCAUUAAUAAUAAGAGAGUAUACAAAGUGAAAAAAAAAAGUUUUUAGUAUUUUUUCUGUCAAUUACACAGUUACCUGCGGUGCCAUUACAUUCGAAAAAUGCAUUUUGUAAAGUAUUAUGUACAAUAAUAUAUUUUCUAAGAUUUUUAAAUAUUUACAAUAAAAUUGUUUUAAAGUGAGAAA